AUGGAUCGUGGUUUGAGUCGCAGUAUGCCGUACCUGCCACGGUAUCAUUCUGCCUCCCCGGCACGCUCGCCUCGACUGGACAGCAGGAGGUUCUUGUCCCCGCGUAGUGUGUCUACACCCAAACAGCGCAUUAUUUACGUAAACAGCGAGCCCAUGAGAGUUUUGAACUCGUAUCCCUUACACCACUCGCCCUCGCCUCACCGCCCUCGUGUUUGCCACCUGCUGACCAGCAAACCCAACCAACAUUUGGUUCGCAAGUCGCGGAGUCUGUCGGAGCAUGAUCUUUUGUCGACUCACGUCUACGCUUCCCAGGAAGACCUGGGUGUGAAAUCCUACAAAGAAAGCCCCCGGAGGCUGGCAGAAAGCUGUGAGGACAUUUACCACAAAGGUCCCUACUACCCAGAUAAGACAGCGUCUGAGAGUGGCGUUUCUGUGGGCUGUUCGGAGGAGGGCUCCAUGUUUGACGCCGAGGAUGACACCAUGUCUCAACACUCCUUCGGCAGUUCCAGCGCCUUCUUUGAGGUGACAGUGGACAGUGAACUAGACCGCCUAGACAGCGACGCCACGCACAGCGGAGCGGAGGGAGGACUGUUUGGCGACAGAACCCUCAAUGUUCUGUACGAAGACGACAUUGAUGAGCGCGGCUGUAGGGGAACCACGCGAGGUCAAGGCAGAAAUGUACACAGUCCCGACAGCAACAGAAGUAGCCCGUUGGCUUAUGGCGACUCACGCAAGAGGGAGUUGAUGUCAAGUCCGUCCUUGGACCUUGAAAGACUACAGUCGAGGUUUCAAGCUCUGAGGGUGACCAUACCGGGGAAUGAGUCGACUUCUGUAUCGAAGUCCCCGCGUGAUGACAGGAAAAGGUUUGGCGAUAAAGGCGGUAUGCCGUCAACUCCGCUUGCUCAGUCCACACCACACGUGAGUCCCAGGGGAUUUGGAGAGUCGAAAUUGUCCGUUAUGGCCGUGUGGAAUGUGGACGACCCGGAAGGAGACGGCGUGUUCCUGGAGAAAGGCGCGGUAGAGAAGUCGAGAGCCUCGCGAGCGCUGUUUCAGAUGGACGUGUCGGACUGUGAGUCCAGACUGUCCUCACGAGCCGCCGACUCCAGCCUUAACAGCAGCUUGUCUGAGGACAACUUCUCGGACGUGUCCAGUUUGACCGUCUCGUCAUUCGCCUCCGCCCCGAGGAAAACGAAACGAGUGAAGAAGCCGUCUGACCUGCCCGCAAGCGCAAGAGCCAUCAACGCCCUUCACGACGACACCGGACACACUUCUUCCGGUGAGUCUGUGAUGCGCGUGGACACAGGACCUGAACUCGUGCCUCCCAGAAGUGACACGCAGAAUGUGGGAAAUGAGUGGUGGGCGGUCUACAACAUCGGCUCUGCCCAAGCUAGAGAAGCCGACAGUAACAAUGGCGAAGCGACUGAGGGGGAAGAAGAUCUGGAUCGAAAUACUUUGUCGAGCUACAAGAGAGACAUUCGAGUUGUGAAGCCGGUGAAAGUCAGCAUACCGCUGAUUAGCGCCGGAAAACAAGGUCAGGAGAAACUGAAAAGACUUUCUCAAACAUCUCCCACCUCUUCCUUGCCCAACUCUCCUCGUCUUUCUCCACGCAGAGAAAGUCCAUUGUCCCCAAGUGAGGGAGCCCAAGGAAAUGUGAUAAGUUGCCCCGGAAACACAAACAUGGGCUAUUCUCCUGUGAUGUGGGAGGACGAAGAGGGUGCGGUAAUGAAAUUUGACCAGUCCCAAUCUCCAAUUUCGAAAAAGGGCGAUGCGGGACAGGAAGGGGAUAGAGAGAAAGGCUGUUUCCGGUACCCGGAACGUAGCCUUUCUUCCGCCUUUUCGCCUGGAGAUGAUGAAGAAGAUAACAGCACACAUGCUGUAGAUAAUCAAGGUCGAGUAUCUCCCGGGAAAGAGGCCACUUUGGCAGGAAUGUUUGGGAAACCCCGCAUCGAGGACGGAGGAUGGGGGAUAAACAGCUACAACAAUGAGCCCAAUAGUUACAGUGGGUACAGCGGAGAGCUUGUGGGGCAGCGAAGUAUUCAAGGGGCACAACCGCAGAUUGAUGUCGACAAUGAUAGUAAAGGUAUGCCCAAUAGUGCCCCUUGUCAAUGUGCACAUCCCACAAAUGCCGCACGUUGUCGCGUUUAUUGCGAUCAUACAGACGAUGAUCGAGCUGGACAGGAUGAGUUAUCUCCAGAAAUAGCGAUGCACGGCGAAAGUGCAGUGGUGGACAGAGCCACUGAGGUCAAGGGUCUCGUAAAUGGCGAUGGGGAUAGACAGCCGCCCUCUGAACAGCAUGGCAAUUUACCAGUCGCUGGCGGGGACGGCGAGGCGGGGCGGUCGGUGGGAGAAAUUGAUAGCUCAGCUGGACAUUGGCCUCAUUACGAGUUGGGUAAUGCGAGUUUGGGCGAGGCGGGGGAGGGGGGAGGAGGAGGGCGUGGAUGUAUCUCGAGUACCGGUUUACCUGUGGAAGGCACGCAGGUGUCGGCCGGGCCGGGCGUGGUGAGGGCCGAGAAUAUACCCGAGGUGCCGGUCGGGGGAAACAGUCAGUUAGGUAGGAGAACACCUGGAGAAAGGACCAGCGCUGCUAGUGAGCGAGAGGCUCUUAACACCGAGGGGAGAGAUGGAGUGGGAGGUUUCCACGUUAUUAGUGCCGAGUUUCAGAACAGUGUUUCCUUGCCAACUGCGGCGUCUGAAGAAGUAAACAAGGGGUGUGUUGGCGAAACGCUUUCCGAGGGUAUUUUCACUCAGCAUUCGGAGACUCGUGGAUCCCCCCUGGAUUAUGAGAAAGCUCGUGUUUCAAGAUCUGAGCAGAAAGACACGCAAGAGGAAGUAAACACGGCCCGUGUCAACAACGGUAGGGAGUCGGCGGCGCUCCUUGGACAGGUAGCUUUGAGCGGUCCCGGACAAGGACAGGUUAGUAUUGACUCGACCUCGCCGCUGUUUAGCUCCCAGAAUGUGACCGCGAGCAAUGACCGAGAUUUUGAGCAUCUUCAACAAGGACAAGGACACCGAAAACAGCAGCAGUUGGGCGCGUGUCCUGGAGAUCGUGAGGUUGACCCGGGAGGUCGCGACGGUAGUGAGGAGGAGAAAGAAAUGAUGCGGAUAGAGAGAAAUCGGAUCGAUGGGGACGCGGCACCGGUGUCGCUCACAACUACAGCCGCCAGCGCGCGCGGUACCACUGAGUGCGGCGGGGAAACCCCGCUACCGAUGACGGUGCGCGUUGUCGCCACGGCGCAAAACAUGAAUGAUAGCGGCGGUUUGACGCCGCGCAGAGGAGAUGACAUCAGUUGCGCUUCGGCUUUCACAUCGCCACGACGCGAGGAGCCAGCGUUCCCUCACUCUCACCGCUCAAUCACUGCUGCACCCGGCUGUGAGUUUACUACCACUAGCAGCGUCUCGGACGACUCGCGUAACUUUUCAGUCGACGGCAAGCGUUUCAACCAGUUGGAUAACUCUUUCGAUCAGUCUCGUGUGAGUGGUAACUCCGUUGAUAGAGUUAGUUACAACAACAACAACGGCACCAGCGUCUCUGGUUUAGGCGCGGCGUUUGACAGCGAGGGGAAUCGUUGUUUUCGGUUAGGAGAGGAAACCUUACGCUCGGGUGGUGUGGAUCAGGUCGGCUCACGGCACGUGAAGCAAUCAAUAGAGCAGUCGGGCGUUGCCUGCGGUCUUAACAAAGAAACGUCGCCCCAGGGAAUAUGGCGUGAGUACCCUCACAGUUCUGAGAAUUCUGAGCAGUUUUAUGAGAAAGUAGAUGACCAGGCGUCCAACACGCUCGUGAAACCACCUCAAGUAACCGAAGUGUCCAGUAAGCGAGUGAAGCACGUGCACCGGACUACUAUCGAGAAAAUUGUGACCACUGAACGGAUUGUGAACCAGUCGCCUCCCAACAGUGGCGGGCUGUCAAGCGGUGACAGUAGUAGCGGCCCCGUGGAUAUAGUCACUGACAAGUCGACCACUGAGACCAUCAUCAAAGAAGCCGACGACUACUUCACAACUACCACCAGUGCUGUGUACCCGGACUCAUCUUUCCAACACACCACGGUUAGUAACACCCACAAUGCUUUUAGCGGUAAUAGCAUCAACAACAACAAUGGAAACGGGCCGGGUCUUGCGUGGGUGACCUCUCCUCCUUGCGAGGCUACCCCUGCCCCGACACAACAACAGGGCCCCGUCAGCCGCGGGGACAUCCCGUGUCCCGCGUCACACUCGUCACGGGUCGCCGCCCACGCAGAUGUGAUUUCCCAUCACGUGACCGGAGGAGAGAAAGGGGCCGCUAACUGGGAAAACAACACAUUCCGUGUGACGGAGGACACGGCGAGCAGUCAGAGCCUUGUCGCCGCAGGUGAAGCCCCCGUCACGGGCCAGGCUCUCCACAACAACAACACAUCUGCUGAGAUGACGGCCUCCUUCCCCGUACACAGAGUCGACUCGGGCGGCCGGCCCGUCAUACGUCACAGCGACAGCCUCUUGGAUAGCCUGGAAGCCGAGCUGUCCCGCCUGUCGAGUGACCUGUCAACGUUGAGGUCAGAGGUCGUGGGCGACGAGGUCAGGGCAGAAAGUACACAGCACUCCAACACGCGAAGUGUGUACCGUGAUCAUGCGGAAGCGACCAGUGUGCUCAAACACAUUGUGCGUGGCGAUGACUUAAAUGUGUCCAGUCUAUCCAACGUUUCAGGUACUGUGGUGGUAAAUAGUUACAAAACAAAUUCAUUCCCACUGGAUAUCGGAGAAGAGGAGGAGACAUUUAUCACAGGUGAGGAAUGGAUCCCGUCUGUAGCGACAGGUGUGGAGGAGAAUGGCGGACUGGCGCGAUCAGAGCGAGAAUACUACGAUAACGAUUACGAUCUCGUUACAACUCAGUUACCCAAAACAUCACAGCGCCAUCAUAACCUGCAGCGACUGAAGCCUGGCCAGUUGAAAGCGAGUAGUUUGUGGACGUUACAAGAGGAGACGGAGAGUCUGAUAGACGCAAAUUCGCCAAAGUCGUCGCCUGUACGCACACUAGCGACCUUGGCCUCGGAGGAUGAAAACAGCAGUGACAAAGCGAGUGAGGCGAGCCCUGUGGAGGAGCGUCGAGGGGUGAGGGGGUUGACAGAGAACGAUGAGUGGUCAGCUGAUGAAAACGCCAAUAUUAAACUACCCCGUUCACUCAGUGCGGGAUUAGAAGAGAAGAGGCAGUUUGUCUGUGAGUCGUCGGAUUUCGAGGAGAGCGAUGGGAAUUACUCGUCGAUAAGCACCUCGGAGAGCAAUAGCCGCUGGUCAAGCAGCUUUGGCCGGGAACAAACACCGCUGAGUGAGCCGGACGUCAGUCCCCCUGGACCUCAGGACGAGAGGAUGGAUUACCAGGAAGUGGAAGAGGUUUCCCCGGGCUCAGCGCACGGUCGGAUUAGCUCCUUCCAGGACUUCGUCACCGGCCUACACUCGGCUAAUGUCGCGUCCACGGUCAGCGCUAACAGUCCCAAUAAUUUUUCCUUCGGUAGACAACACGCUGGUCAUCAGAUGAGAUCACCAAUGGGUAACGACGUCCACGAUAUGUCCGGGUCGGCGAAUUUCACGUCGAGUUCUGCGUUUUCUGUAAGUGGACUCGACAAUUCCAUGUCGGUUCUCGACAGUCUGUCUGCCUCGUUAGAGCAGUUUGCCACUCCAGAGUUUUGGGGCAAUUCGGAGGCGUCACGGGAGAGCAACUGGCAUUCAGACGUUCACCAGCGCGUGUCGUCGUCGUCAUCGUCGAUGUCCCAUACACUGAACUCAUCAGACUUCAGAGAAGAUGUCCUGAACGCCAGCGCUUCCUCGUCCGCCCCCAGCUGGCACGAGGAGACGCCCUCACGACUUCACACUUUAGACUUGGACUUAUCCCGCAUCUCCUCCUGUCCCAGCCCCGUGCCCUCUGACCUCAGCGAGAGCUCUCAGUACACGUGCACGGGGACGGCGCAGAUCAGGCGAGUGGCCGGGCCCGCGUCCCUGGGCGACUACGACAUUCCAGCACCAACAUCCACGCCCAAGGGGAAGCCGCCCAAAGUAGGGGAGAAGAGACCAUUGCCUGCUGAAAUUGAAGUGAGAAGGAGAUACGAGGAGGAGAACGUGAAACGGUUCGACAGGCUUCUUACUGAGUUCGAUAAGCAGUGUAGGCCGGAGGGUUUGAACGAUCUUGUAUUUCUGGAGGAGAAGAGAAGAGAGGGCACUGAUGUUUCGGGGGCUGGGGAUAUGUACAAAGCUUUCACCGUCGAAGACACGGAAAAGAAGCAGAACCACUCUUGUAUUGUAGUGGAGGAUGAAAAUAUGGGGACAUUCCGUUUCAAACGUUUCCUCAAGAAGUCUCACACCAAACGGAACAAGAAGGGCCGCAAAGUGCUGCGCUUCCUGAGCCGCCUAGGGUGUGUGUCCGAGUCCGUGCACUCGCCAGACAUGAGCGCCAACCGGAAACAGUAUGGAGGCGACGUGUACAGUACCGACUCGAUGCCGUCGCCGAAACACAGGAAGGUCUCCAGCCCCAUCCUGCUCAGCUCCACCUCUUUCCACCACUUCCAGGAGUUCAGCCCCUGCGCCUCACCCCAGGCGUCCCCGGCCAAGAGCACGCCUUCCUCCAGCAACCAGAGCCUGGACUCUCUCCGCUCGCGGACAGACAGCGCUUAUUCUAGUGUGUCCGAGUCUCUGCUGGGCUCAGUGUCCAGCCCGGUCGCCCUACGCCAGCACCGUCUCUCCAGCUCCGUGUUCUCCACUGGGAGCUCCGGACAACCCCGGGUUCUGACGCCGUCUUCAGGCUCGGUGAGUGCCGUUUUCCACUCGGAAAUGACUCACUCUGACGUCACUCACGUGGCUGAUAGCUCGCUCUCGGACAGCGCCUACUCCACAGACAUGACCACCAACCCGAGGUCCUUCAACGAGGCCGAUCUAUCCGUCACGGACACCACUGUCAUCGGCAGCAGUUCUGUGUCGGCGGGCGGUCCCUCUGAUAAAGGUAUGGACACCGACAUGCUCAGCGCUCUCUCGGAUGUGUUCGACCAGCUGGACGUGUGUGAGGGCGAGAUUGACAAUGCCUUGCUCAACCGAAUCCGGUAUGGGCACAGGGAAGUGAACGAGCAACACCAGUGA